UACUAAUUUUCCGACGAUACUUGGCCAGUGUUUAUGCCUGAUUCCAAUGUCGCAGGACGAGUUUCGAUUUUGCAGCGUGAGGACCAUACUAUCGGUAAUAGCGCUGCUCUGUCAGAUAGCCAUGACCAUUUUGAGCUUUUGCUGGUUGAAGGAAAGCGGCGCGAACAUAUUCAAAGGAGGCGUGGUACUGUUUUUUGGCGGUGCGGCAGUUACCAUGGCAUUGCUCAUCAAUCUGUCGAUCAACUGGUGUGGGCUGCUGAAAAAAUGGGAACAGGUGGAAGGGUACUUCGGUCACCAGAAGAAUUUGAAAUUGAAAUUUACUUUAAUAUCUAUUUUGUGUAUCAUAUUCUCAAUGGUGGAACAUUUGAGUUACUUGUUGACGGGAAUCAUAACGACGAAAAAGGAGAGUUCCCAAGAAGUGUUUGAAAUUUAUGUGUUAAGAAUGUUCCCACAAGUAUUCAACAUAAUCACAUACAACGUGUGGAUAGCCUUAUUGGUGUUGGUGAUCAAUUCCGUAUCAACUCUCACCCUGUGUUUUUCGGACCAACUCAUCAUCAUGGGCAGUAUAGCGUUGGGCAACUACUUUCAAUCAUUUAACGACCGCAUGAAAAUGUGUAAGGGAAAGAAAUUAACUUCCGACCAAUGGAAAACUUUAAGGGUCGAUUACACACGACUCUGCAAUUUGACCAGAUCGCUGAACGAUUGUUUAUGCCAUUUACUAUGCGUUUCUCUACUAUUGCAUUUAUACAUAAUAUGCGUGGAAAUGCACCAGGGUGUCUUAGAAAUAAACGAAAAUAACAGUUUGGGUCAUUACGUUCAUGCCAUACUUUCAUUUUUGGUUUCUUCAUUGCGAGGAUGUUUAUUAUGUCUGUGUUCCGUUAACGUAUAUGAGAACAGUAAAUUACCAAAAAGAUCACUCUAUGAUAUACCACAGCAGUCGUACUGCAAUGAAGUGGAAUUUUUUAUGUUGCAAAUACAAAAAGAUCAUGUCGGACUCACUGGAAGUCAUAUGUUUUUAAUGACCAGAAGGUUUUUAUUAACAAGAAAUCUCAGUUAUUACAAUACAAAAACAUGGAGAAUAAAAUACACGGGUAAUGUCGGAUUCAUCUCCAAACACGUUCUACCAAAAGGACAUUUAUGGGCUGCCUUAGCAUAA